UUUCAAUAAGCAAAUACAUUAAAACUAGGGGCGUAAUUAACUGAUUAAAACACCGAACUAUUUUGUAGUACCAUCAUUACGGUACUGUUGCAUCAUGGGAUUUUUGAAGGCUGCAAGUAUAUUUCUUUUUAGAAGUAUAACAACCAUGGCACAGUACAAAUUCAUUGAUAUUGGUGUGAAUCUGACGGAUCCCAUGUUCAGAGGAGUUUACAGAGGGAAACAAAAACAUGACGAUGAUUUUGAUCAGAUCAUUGACAGAGCUCUCCAAGUUGGAGUUGAAAAGUUCAUGAUCACUGGGGGGAACCUUGAAGACAGCCGGGAGGCCCUAAAACUGGCUGAGACUCGAGAUGAGUUUUACUGCACAGUCGGCUGCCAUCCUACCCGCUGUGCUGAGUUUGAGCAGAGCGGAGAAUCCGAGUACCUGUCAGGGUUGAUGGAACUGGCGUCCGCACACAGAGGGAAGGUGGUGGCCAUCGGAGAGUGUGGGCUGGAUUUUGAUCGGUUGGAGUUUUGCCCAAAGGAGACUCAACUAAAAUACUUUGAGAAGCAGUUUGACCUGGCGGAAAGCACCAAGUUUCCCAUGUUCCUCCACUGCAGAAACGCCCAUCAGGAGUUCGUUGACAUCAUGAAGAGAAAUCGAGACCGAUGUGUGGGAGGAGUGGUGCAUUCAUUUGAUGGAACUGCAGAAGAUGCUGCUGCCAUCCUUGACAUGGACCUCUAUAUUGGCAUAAACGGAUGCUCCUUGAAAACGGAGUCCAAUCUUGAAGCCAUGAAGUCCAUCCCCACGGAAAGAUUGAUGAUAGAAACAGAUGCUCCGUGGUGCGGUGUAAAGAACACUCACGCAGGCUCUCGACAUGUUAAAACAACAUUCCCCACCAAAAAGAAAUGGGAGACGGGACAUUGUUUAAAAGACAGAAAUGAGCCCUGCCAUAUCAUACAAGUUCUUGAAGUGAUAGCAGCUGUCAGGGAAGAAGAUCCAGUGGAACUUGCCAACACAAUCUACAACAACACCUUCAAAGUCUUCUUCAGCUCCAGCUGAUGACCAAGAGAUGUCCUCAGAAUGAUCAUGUGUUUCACUGACAGAAGUCUUUGUGAAAUCAGAGAAGUUUCUGAAAUAAUAAACACUUGUCUCUAAAAGUA